AUGUGCUUUCGUGUCUAUGGAAAAGCUGUGCAUAAACGAAACCUUGUUGUGCAUAGUAGAACCAGAGGCUUUUAUAUCACCGUUGAUAACAAAGAGUGUUACCGCUGGACAAGUAAUGCUGAUCCACCCACACAGUUUAGUGUCACCUGUAACGGGACAGGGAAAAUCGUGAAGUUCGAGGUCUCAAGAAGUGAAUAUUUUAGUUUGUGCGAAGUGCAGAUAUUUGUGUGUACGGAUUUCUGGUACGGUGAAGACUGUGACAAGACGUGUAACUGUAGAGAUGAGACUGAAGUGUGUGAUAAGAAGACAGGUAGAUGUACAGCUUGUCCAGAUGGGUGGACUGGAGACACAUGCGAUCAAGUUUGUGUACAUGGCAGAUUCGGUAUUAACUGCCAGCAGACGUGUGGUCUGUUUUUAAACGGAAACACAGACUGUGACACGGUAACAGGACACUGUUCUAAUGGAUGUAAAGCUGGUUGGAGUGGUGACACGUGUAAAAUAGCUUGUACACCUGGUCGUUACGGUUGCGACUGCAGGGAGACAUGUGGACGUUGUUUAAAUGGAAAUACAGAAUGUGACACGGAGACUGGACUCUGUUCUAAUCGAUGCGAAGAUGGAUGGAGCGGUGAUACGUGUAAAACAGCAUGUACGACUGGUCGCUACGGUUCAGACUGCAGAGAGACGUGUGGACAUUGUUUAAAUGGAAAUCCUGAAUGUGGCACGGAGACUGGACACUGUUCUAAAGGAUGUAAAUCUGGUUGGAGCAGUGACACAUGUAAAACAGCAUGUACGACUGGUCGCUACGGUUCAGAUUGCAGGGAGACGUGCGGGCAAUGUAUAAAUGGUCAUACAGAAUGUCACAUGGAGACUGGACGCUGUUCUAAUGGAUGUACUGCUGGAUGGAGCGGAGACACGUGUAAAACAGCAUGUACGAGUGGUCGCUACGGUUCAGACUGCAGAGAGACGUGUGGACAUUGUUUAAAUGGAAAUCCAGAAUGUGACACGGAGACUGGACACUGUUCUAAAGGAUGUAACUCUGGUUGGAGCAGUGACACAUGUAAAACAGCCUGCAUACCUGGUCUUUAUGGUCCAGAUUGCAGGGAGACGUGCGGGCAAUGUUUAAAUGGUCAUACAGAAUGUGACAUGGAGACUGGACGCUGUUCUAAUGGAUGUGCUGCUGGAUGGAGCGGAGACACGUGUAAAACAGCAUGUAUCCAUGGACAGUAUGGGAAAAACUCCAAAGAGACAUGUGGCUACUGUCUAAGUGGCAACACAACGUGCAAUUCAGUGAGUGGGCAUUGUCCUGAUGGGUGUGGUGCUGGGUGGCAAGGCGACAUGUGUAAUACAGAGUGUGUUGUGGGAAAGCAUGGAGUCAACUGUAACCAGACUUGUGGUAACUGCAAAGACAAACUGUGUGAUCGUGUCACUGGAUAUUGUCUUGGUGGAUGUGUUGCUGGGUUUGCUAAACCAGAGAUUGGCUGUACAGACAGACUUAUGUCUGACAAUCAAAGUAACAACGAUGCCACAGUAACUGCAUUGGCCAUUAUAGCUGGGAUACUUUGCAUUGCACUUGCUGCCUUAUCAGGCGUUCUUAUUUGGCAUGUUAGACGUCAAAAGUCGAAACAACGAUGUGAUGACAACCACACUUCCGAGGGAAUCAACGUGCAAAUGAACAGCGUAGUUGAUGAAGAAAAUGCAAAUGCGGACCCCCAGCACAAUGAUUCCAAUCUUCAACCCAGCGACGUGCUGAAACCGAGAGUCUCACAUGGAGCGGCUAUUUAUGCCAACUCACCAGAGUUGGGUGGUCAAGGCAAUGUUCAACAGAGACAACAAGAUGGUCAAACAGAGCCUGAGUAUGUCAACUCGGAUAGAGGUACUCGAUCGGAUGAAUAUGAAACACUCGACAAAACUGCAAUUAGAAUAUCUGAGAACAUCUAUGAUAAAGUUGUAUAAUACAUAAAAACACUGAUAUGUUAGAAGUAUACACAGAAGUAAAUCGUCUUUAUAA